AUGGACAUACGGAACUUUUUUAAGAAACCUAAAUUAGACGACAGUCUUAAUGGAUCGUUAGAUAAAACAAAAAGUCUGACUGUAGAGACUAAUUCCACAAGUGCAGUUGAUAUUACUGACUUGAGUAAAGGUGGCAGUUUUACUGAACAAGUUGAAAAUGUUUAUGACAAGGAAGUGGAUUAUUAUAAAAAUGAUAUAGGACACUACUUGGCACAAGUCUAA